GUUGAGUCGUUGCGUGCGAGGGGGGCGACGUAAGGGCGCUCCGCGAGCCCGUCUCUCCUCGAAUGAAAGGAAACAACCUCCGGCGACAGAGCCCCGCUCCCAGGCGCUGCCGGAGAACCGACACCGACUUCUUUCUCUUUUCCCUCAUUGGCGCUUCUCCGCUGCCGUUCGCCUCUGGGCCCCGCCGCAUUUCUUGAGGCUUAAAGUGGCAUUCUAAAAGCAAUUUAAAAAUCAUGUCAAGCUCAGUUGAACAGAAAAAGGGGCCUACAAGACAGCGCAAAUGUGGCUUUUGUAAGUCAAAUAGAGACAAGGAAUGUGGACAGUUGCUUAUAUCUGAAAACCAGAAGGUGGCAGCACACCAUAAGUGCAUGCUCUUUUCAUCUGCUUUGGUAUCAUCACACUCUGAUAACGAAAGUCUUGGUGGAUUUUCUAUUGAAGAUGUCCAAAAGGAAAUUAAAAGAGGCACGAAGCUGAUGUGUUCUUUGUGCCAUUGUCCUGGAGCAACAAUUGGUUGUGAUGUGAAAACAUGUCACAGGACAUACCACUACCACUGUGCAUUGCAUGAUAAAGCUCAAAUACGAGAGAAACCUUCACAAGGAAUUUACAUGGUUUAUUGCCGAAAACACAAGAAAACUGCACAUAACUCUGAAGCUGACUUAGAAGAAAGUUUUAAUGAACAUGAAUUGGAGCCCUCAUCACCUAAAAGUAAAAAGAAAAGUCGCAAAGGAAGGCCACGAAAAACUAAUUUUAAAGGGCUGUCGGAAGAUACCAGGUCCACAUCCUCCCAUGGAACAGAUGAAAUGGAAAGUAGUUCCUAUAGAGAUAGGUCUCCACAUAGAAGCAGCCCUAGUGACACCAGGCCUAAAUGUGGAUUUUGUCAUGUAGGGGAGGAAGAAAACGAAGCAAGAGGAAAACUGCAUAUAUUUAAUGCCAAGAAGGCGGCUGCACAUUAUAAGUGCAUGUUAUUUUCUUCUGGCACAGUCCAGCUCACAACAACAUCAAGAGCAGAAUUUGGAGAUUUUGAUAUUAAAACUGUACUUCAGGAGAUUAAGCGAGGAAAAAGAAUGAAAUGUACACUUUGCAGUCAGCCCGGUGCUACUAUUGGAUGUGAAAUAAAAGCCUGUGUUAAGACUUACCAUUACCACUGUGGAGUACAAGACAAAGCUAAAUACAUUGAAAAUAUGUCACGAGGAAUUUACAAACUAUAUUGUAAAAAUCAUAGUGGAAAUGAUGAGAGAGACGAAGAAGAUGAGGAACGAGAGAGUAAAAGCCGGGGAAAAGUAGAAAUUGACCAGCAACAACUAACUCAGCAGCAACUUAAUGGAAACUAGGUUCAUGGGACAGAGUUAGAAAACUGGGAAUGAAUAAGACAUCCAUAACUACUAUUCUUUUUUCACUGUUUUCUAAAAUCAAAAAGGGUUUGUAACUUUUUACUGCCCAACUCUUAGAUCCUUCAUUGAACUGCCUAAAAACGUCUUGUUUGUUUUAUGAGCCUUCACUAGAUGGCAGAAUUUGACAUGUUGAUAUUACGUAGCUGUAGUUUGCAGUUUCUGGGAAGCAAUCGAAACACUAUUAACCCUGUGUAUAGUGUCAACAGUUAAAGCAGACAUUGAAAUGAAGUAAGCUAUAUUUCUGGAAUGAACAAAGUUCUACUGUUUAGAGUGUCUAAGUUUGUUUAGUGGAUUCAUACUCAAGGGAAAGCAUAAGCAAAUUUCACUUUACAGUGCAAACACGCCUCUGGUGGCAACACAUGGGAAUUUGUGGUCUUUUUUUUCACACUCAAGUAACGGAGGCUAGAAAUGAAGAGAACCUUCUUUUUCUCUUGGCUUUGACAGCACAUGCUAAAAAUCUCUUCCAAGAAGUGCGCUAAAGCUUUUCAUUUCGUUCCUGUUAAAGUUGUUCUCACUGACCAGCAUGCACUUGGGCGACUGGUGAUUUUAAGUUGUGAGCUCCAGUGCUUAUGCCAAAAUUCUCUUGACAGUAAACCUCUUCUCUUAUCAUGUCCUACAAAGAGCUUCUAGCAAAAUGAUUGGAUCCUUUCAAGUUUAAACUAAGAUUUGGCAACAGCAAAUUAAACCUCUUUAAGAUUUAAAGGGUUACCACUCACUAAGGACUUAAGCCACCAUGUCUGAAACUGGUUCCUCUCAAGUGCCGUGUUGUGUGGAAUACUUCAUAUACUGGCCCAAAGUACAUAAGGAGGUCUCAUGUGCUGUUGGAAUAAAAAAAAAAAACAAAACAGUCUGCAUAAAACAGUAUUUAUUUUUCAUUUUGUGACCACUAUUUUUUAAAAAAAAUUAUUUAAUAUUUUUAAUGUUUUCAUGCAUCGCUUUGCUUAUCUAUUGACUAGGCUUUUGUGCCCUACGUUUUUUUCUGGUAGGGCUUGGUGGUGUUUUCUUGAUCAUCAGAGUUGUUUUUCAAAGCCUAAGAACCCAGCUGUUUAGAAAGGAUUUUCACACUGGCAUUUCUAGCUAGGGAUAUUUUCUUCCACUUACCUGCUGAAGCACAUUUAUAUAUUUCAUUAUGGCAAAACCAAAAAACUUUAGUUGUGGUCUGCCUAAUAUUACCAUAGCACCUCAAUACCAAGGGUAGGGAUCCUGAUUUCCGAAUUCUUCGUUAACCUACCACAUUAAAGCAAAUUAGCAAAUAAGAAAUAACAUGUUAACUUGACUGUACAUCAAGAUAUUCUGCAGCUUAUGGAGAAGCAUUUUUUAAAAUGUAACAGGUGGAAAAUUACACUGUGCUUAAUGACUGAUUUUUUUUUUUUUAACUGCUAGUCCCUUAAGGUCACAUUUGUCAAGUGUGUAUUCACACAUUCACUUAAAUCAAGGGACUCAAUGAUUGCUUUAUUUUAACCAUCUUUUGUUAUUUUUAGAAGGAAACUAGCUUUAGUGGGAUUGCCCUAUAUGUUUUUCUUUUUGCUCUAAAUAUGCCAUUGGGUUUUUGUGUGUGUGUGUGUGUGUGUGUGUGUGUGUGUGUGUAUGUGAUGAAUUUUCAAAAUUCACCAUGACUUGAAGUGCAACGACAGAUCUAGAUGUUUGUUUACCAAGCUAUGUGACUUUUCCCAAAGGAUCUGUACUUUAUUUCCUUACAACAGCUUGAAACCUGUUAUUUUAAAAAUCUUUGAAUCACUGUGUCUUGAUCAUUUUUACAUUGUGUGCCAUAGACUUACCCAUGGAACAAUAGAGCACCUUCAUUUUUGGACAACUACUGUAAUGAUGUUUUUAGGAAAAAUGGAAGGUGCUGGGGUAAUAGUGGCCAGCCAAUGAUCAUAUCUUAGAUUUCAAAUACUAUAGCUGUCAGUCGAUGGGUUUGUUAUGUAAUCAAGUGUGUAACUUUGUAUGGGUGUCUUCAACCCUUUCUCUGCCACUAGCAACCAGAAUAGCACUUUACCUUUUGGUUGGCUAGAAUAAGUGGCUGGCUACCUAUUUUUCUCACUGUGGUGUGAUUGGCUAAACAGUCUUUCAUUAAAAGUUGAAAUGUAAAUUGAAGUCACAUGAAAAAUCACCUUUGGUUGUAAACCUCCAAUACUUUGAUUCUCCAUCCAUGUUUUCGUCACAUGCUGAGUAAAAAGUGCCUUACAAUGUAAAAAUUGUACAGUACUUAUGUUCCCAAGUAGCAUCAUCAUCUUCUGGGUAGUAAUUACAUUGUGGUAUGAAUAUUUAGAAAAAUGGACCUCAGCAGUGUAUUUACUGUUCAUCUCUUAAGUCCUUAACUGUAGUUUUAAUAAGCAUGACAUUAUUUGAUAAGUAUAUAACAUGUACAUCAUUUUGAAAAAUACUGCCAUGACUGUCUUUUACGCAUAUUUUAGCUUGAAAUUUUGAAGUGUCUUUUCUUUCUUUCCUUUUUUCCCCUUUUGUUUUGUUUUGUUUUCGUUAUUGAUACUCAACAGUGUAAUCUUUGCAAGCGUAUAUUGAAGAUUAUUCUGGAGCAUUUAUUGCCUUACCAGAACUGUUAGUAAGAAAUGUUCUUUAGAGUAGAAAGAUAGACUUGAGUUUCUAUACUUUAAUAAGAGCUCUUUGUUCCUGGGGGGAGGGGGGUGGGGUGUGAAUUUUACUUUCAUCUCAAUUUAUUAAAAACCCACAGUUGAAAUACAUUUUAUUUCAAAGAUCAGCAAUUUUAGAAUUUCAGAUAGUACUUGCUCAGGAGUACAUGCUACUCAAGAUACUACGAGAAUAACAAGCUAUGUAGAUCUACUGUUGGAUCAGAGUCUAUGUACUUGAACAAAUGUGUGAACCUUAAAUAUCUCAAAGAAAAAGAAAAGUGUUCUAGAAUGUUGUUGCUUUUUUGAAAAGCACUAAAGGUUAGACCAAGGUAUACCGUUUUGUUCUAACAGGCAUUUAGGUUAAUUGUAAAGAUAAGGAAUGCAUCAUGGGUCAAAAUCAAACAUUCCUCUCAUGUUAUGUAUAUUUUGUUCCUGUUAUAUUGGCUUUAUUUUCAGAAUUGUAGUUUGUAGUAUUAGUUUCCUUUUAUUGGUAUUCUUGCAUAUACUAUUCAUUCAAUAAAUGAGUUAUGACUU